AUGGGCAGGUUCGGGUCGCAGACCAGUACCUACAAUAGGCUGGUUGUUGUUUUUGUGGCCAUUGGGUCUAUGACAUAUGGCUAUUGCUCCUCUAUUAUAUCCAGUACAAUCGGCCAACCGGGAUGGUACGCCUACUUCAAACUACCGGCUGAUGGCGAGCCAGGAUACGCCACUAUUACCACCCCUGCGAUCUCAACCGCCAACGGUGUGUUCAGCGCUGGUGGCGCGGUGGGCACCCUUUUCAUAAUGUGGUCGUGCGACUUCUUUGGCCGAAAGGCCAAUAUCCAGUUCGGCGCUUUCUUUUCGUUGUUUGGUGGAGCGCUCCAAGCAGGCUCCAACUCUUUGGCAAUGUUCCAAGCUGGACGCUUCAUUUGCGGUCUUGGAAUCGGUAUCCUCGUGACUGUGUGCCCGAUGUAUCUCUCUGAAAUGUCAAGUGCUUUGCGCCGCGGCUGGCUCGUCGGCCACCACGCGAUCUUCUUGGUAUUCGGGUACAUGCUCGCAGGGUGGGUUGGAUUCGCCUGUUAUUACGCAACAGGUCCGUUGUCAGGAUUUGGCUGGCGAUUUCCCCUGGCCCUGCAGUGCUUACCUGCCUUGGUGCUCCUUCUGGGAUCUCCUUGGCUGCCGCGCUCGCCUCGAUGGUUGAUUUCGAAGGGGAAACUUGACGAAGCGCAAUUCGUCCUCCUGAAACUUCGUGAAUCACCCGAUGAUCCCGACAACUUAGUCGCCAAAGAAGAGUUCUUCCAGACCAAGGAGCAGAUUCGAUUGGAGGCGGAGAGGUUGGCCACUUAUGGAAGUGUGUGGAAAGCCGUCUUCAAGAAGAAGACUUACCGGAAGCGCAUGGUCAUUGGGUUCUUGACUCAAUGGGGCGCUGAGUUUGGUGGACCACUUAUUAUCAACAACUAUGCUGUCCUUCUGUACACAAACUUGGGUAUGGAGGGCAGUAUGCCUCUCCUCCUGAGUGCCGUUUGGCUGACAACUGCUGGUGUUAUUUACAAUCCUCUUGGUGCCUGGUUGCACGAUAAAGUCAACUCCCGACGUGGGAUGUACAUGACCGGUUUUGUGGGCAUCAUUAUCUCUACAUCAUGCCUAGCAGCUAUGACCGCCGAAUACUCUGGCACCACCAACAAAGUCGGAAAUGGAUUCGGCAUCUUCUUCAUGUACCUGUACUUGGCAUUCCAAGGUACAUUCUGCGACACCACCAUGUACCUUUAUGUGUCGGAGAUUUUCCCCACUGAGAUUCGACCCAUUGGCAUGGGCGUCUCCCUCUUUGGUCAAUUUGCCGCAACCCUUAUUCUCCUGCAGACUGCGCCCAUGGGCUUCGGUAACGUUGGCUGGAAGUACUACCUGGUCAUUAUCUGCUGGUCCGCAUUCUUUAUUCCAGUUAUAUACUUCUUCUUCCCCGAGACCGCCCGUCUCACCCUGGAAGAGAUCGCCCAAAACUUCGGAGACGAAGUUGCCGUUCACCUCACCGAUGCCACCGACGAGGAGAAGGCCCAACUUGACAACCAGCUUGCUGAGCCGGGCACAAACACGAAAUCCGCCGUGAGCUCUGAAUCUACUCGAAAUGCGGGUGGCAGCGCCGAGGUUUUUCCCGUUGAUAGCGAGACUGUUCCUAAGACCGAGUAA